GUGACUUUAUCCCCAUCUCGGGUGCCCCUGGUAUCCCUCCUCCUCCAUUUGGCUUCCCCCAAGCACCAGGAGGGUUCCCUACACCACCCCUAGGCUUCCCCGCUCUCAACAUGCCGCACCCAACUGCAUUCGAGAACCUACCCCCGGGAGCUAUCCCACCCCCGCCCUUUGGGUUCCCCAACUUUCCUCCUAACCUCCAUCAACAACAGCAGCAACCUCCACCUCUCCCUCGUGGCUUCCGUGAAGCCGCCGGUCCAGCUGGCCACAUCGAUCCUCUGCAUAUCCCAGGUGUCUCUGCUGCACAACCCUUCCAAGCUUAUCAGCAACAACAGCAGAGGAGAACAGGGCCGACGUUGCCUAGUAAUCCUUCACUGCCAAAACGUCCACCUCCACCGACGAGUACCAAGCUGGCUUUGGACGAGAAUUCGGCGGCUGCUACUAUAUCAGCUGCCCCUGAAUUGCGAGAUUUCAGAAAGGAAGCUACUUCGUUCGUUCCACGAGGGAUUCGGCAAAAGGCGCAACCAAAGGAAAACCCGAGGGUGAACGCCGCACCAGGGGAUACGGCUGAUGCCGAAAUGGAAGAAGUUGAUGCGCCACCAAAUCUUAUGGAAGCCCUCAAAAAGGCUGGUGUGGCGGCAAAUCCGCCGGCUGCCAGCAAGACUUCAGGGGAAGCUGGACUGUCAGCCUCCAAAGAUCGAAAUCAAGAACAAAAAGACGAAUAUGAUC